AUGGAGCCCCUUAGUGCAACAUUUUAUGACUAUGUUCUGCUUUUAGGUGUUUGUUCUGCAUUAAAACUGACAGUACCAUCACAUACGAUCCAUGGCAUUGAAGGCCAGCCACUUCAACUAUCAGUUGGCUAUCAUUUCAAUGUAACAGUUUCUGAUAUUCAGAUAAUAUGGAUGUUUGAAAGGCCAUCAACACGGACCAUAUCUCUGCUUAUGUCCAGAAAUCAGACAGUCGUUUCAGACUUCGAAUAUCAGCACAAAUUUACAUUUACACCUCCAAAUGCAUCACUACUGAUAAAGUCCUUACACUUUAGUGAUGAAGGCAAUUAUACUGUUAAAAUCAAUAUAGCUGGAAAUGGGAGGAUAUCAGCAACAGAAAAUAUUCACGUAACUGUUGAUGUUCCUGUCACAAAACCAUUGGUGUACACUGAACCUGCUGCAGGAGUUGUGGAAUACAAGGGGAACAUCACUUUGAAAUGUACUGUGAGAAAUGGCACACGAGUUAUCUUCCAGUGGAUGAAAAAUGGAAAUUCCAUUGAAGCUAGCAUCAACUACUCUUUGUCUGCAAAUCGUGACACACUCUCAAUUGUCCCUGUUGUUAAAGAAGCCAUUGGAAAUUACAGCUGUUUAGCCAACAAUUUUGUCAGUGCCAUGCAGAGUGAUGUGAUCAUGCCAACAAUAUACUAUGGACCCUAUGGACUUACAGUGAAUUCUGAGAAAGGUCAGAAAAUAGGAAAGGUGUUUACAUUUGCCAAAGGCGAAGCAGUCCAGUUUUAUUGCUCAGCUGAUUCCAAUCCACCAAAUAAUUAUUCAUGGAUCCGGAAAUCAGAUAACUCCACACAGGUCAUUACACAAGGAAGUUACCUAGAAGUCGCAUCCGAAAAGGAGACACAAAAAGCAGAAGAAUACAGGUGCAGUGUGUACAAUUCCAUGACUGGAAAACGGGAUGAAACUGGCGUCUUUGUGGUCAUUAUACCUAUAGGAUCAGCAAAGAUGACCCAAAAAGGAAAAUAUUUGUCUCCUCUAGCAAUAAUAACUGGAAUUUCUGUAUUUUUGAUAGUAUCAAUGUGCCUUCUAAUAUUAUGGAAAAGAUUUCUGCCUUGUAAAGCUAUAGAGCAGAAGAUGCAGAGCAGGUCUGAAACAAAUUACAGAAAAGCACAAAUCAUUUCAGGACAUGAGAAUGCGCUAGAUGAUUUUGGAAUAUAUGAAUUUGUUGCAUUUCCAGAUCCUACAGGAGCUUCUAGGGUUUCCAGUCAGUCAGAUUCUGGCUCUAAUGGUCAGUUUCAGGAUUUUCAUGGUACAGUUUAUGAAAUUAUUGGACAAAUACCUGUACAGCACAAUGAUCAGCAGCAUUGUACAUGAAGAGACAAAAGAAAGCAUAUUGAUGACCUCUGUUUCUGGAGGUGAACAGGAGAAGCAACACCAGCUGGCACAGGAGUGAGACAAGCUAUGCCACUUAUAAU